GUCAGCUGAACUUUUUUUUUCAAGGAUUUUGGAUUUUCAUUGGCGUCCGUGGCAGACAUAAAAUCCUGUCCACUUUUGUCAUGGGAUGGAUAAGACGUCAAUGUAUGGGUGGGGUCAUCUGGACCCCAUAAGAAAGAACAAAGGGUUACACAACUAGUCAAUAGCUAGCCCCUGACCCUCAUGGCGUUUCACAUAUCAGAUGAAGGAUCAGGUAUGUUCUAACUCCUGCUUGGCUGAAAACAUGGUCCUCUGUCAGUGCUGACCUCCAUCUGUACUGCAGCCGAUUUUUCCCAAAGACUGUUAAUUAUUUCCCAACCCCUCACUACCACUGCGGAUACACAGCCUGUUCAGACGACAAUAUCAUGUUCUCCACUCUCACAUCAUGCAGGUUGAGAUUCCCUUCUUUCUUUCUGUCCUCAUAUUUUGGGGCUUAGUUCACUGCGGUCCCCAGAUGAGCCCCCACCUCAACACUCCAGACCAGGAGCUGUUCUGGGGGGCUGACCAGUACGACUUCUCUGUGGUGCUUCCUUCAGCUCGCACUGAGUGUUUCUGGCACUUUGCUCACCACGGAGAGACAUUUUACUUGAGCUUCAUGGUCCAGUGGGUGACGGGAAUCGGGAAUGCCCGGCAUCUGACAGUCACGGUCAAUGCUCCCGGUGGUUUGUUGGUGUCCAUGCUGGAUGAUGCAAAGGGUCAGGUUAACUUCAAAGCCACAGAAACAGGCUUUUAUCAGAUGUGCUUUAGCAACUUCCACAACCGCCUCAGCACCAUGCAGAUUUUCCUCAGCUUUGGAGUUUACUAUGAUGACCGGAACCCCUCCAACCCUGAGAAGGAGGAGAGAGAAGAACUUGAUAAAGACCUAAACAAUACGCUGAGCGUCAUUGAGGGUUCCACCCACAAAGUGAAGAAUUUUGUCUUCCACAUGUUUCGUUAUUACUCAUUUGCCCGCAUGAAGAGGAGCUCUGACUACUACCUUCUGCGCUCCAACUCAAAGUACAUGACAUGGUGGUCCGUGGCCCUCAGCCUGCUCAUCGUCACCUCCGGGUACCUGCAGCUGCGCUUCCUGAAGAGCCUGUUUGUGAGCAGGAGUGAGGACACAAAGCCGUGCUGACUGCGGCUUCAUUCUAAGUCCUUCCUGCAAGGAUUUGCUGAAGAUUUUUGCUCCGAAAUAAAAAGUUAAACACC